GAACACAGAGACUGUAUGACAUUUUUCAUACAGUCUGUAGCGGAAACGUCGCUAGGAAAAUGGACGCAUUCCACGUGGUUGUUUUGACGUCCGCCACGGUUCUGUCGUUGUACCGGACCGUUUCAGCGGGUACGAAAAUAGGCGAAUUGUGCGCGUCGUCAACGCCCCAGAACAAAUGCAUGAGCGUCAACAAGACGGAUGGGUAUCGAGUGGCUUGUAGUGGUGGUUUUCGCGAGGACUACUCGGUCGAAGAGUGAUUAUUUUUUAUUUCAAAUGCUUACGCUUUGUCAUUGGCCGCUGGACCACUUCGAUCCAGUCAUGUCGCUGCGCCUUUACCCAAAACUCGUGAAAUUGACGAUAACCAAAAGCAAAAUCAAAGAGAUUCUCGGUGAGUUUCCGGAGUUCUUGCACAACUUAAAGACUUUAAAUUUGUCCCAUUUGAAUCUUGAGCGUGUUAAGUACAGUACAUUCAAGUACUUAACGUCUUUGGAGGUCUUGGAUUUGAGUUACAACAAACUCAAUCACUUAUACUCGCCUACAACGGAAUACUUACCGAAAUUGAAACAAAUUUGGUUAGCCGGAGACUUUUGGUUUUGCAAAAAUGAUUUAUUUUGGUUACUCCAGCUUCAUGCAUCAAAAGAUCCGUUGACUUUCAAAGUGAUGGAUUUUAAUCGCAUGACUUGUGGUGGAUACAAAUAUAUUGGAAAACCCGUGAUCCCUGUAUUGCGGCUAUUAAGUGAUUUGGAGAAAGAGUGUCCUAGCAGUCCUCCUGACUAUUGUGUCUGUACGUUGGACAACGUAGUGCGUGGUAGAGGUGCAUCGUUUUACUUACAUCCAGUGAUAACAGUGGAUUGCAGUUAUAGAGACUUAAAAAUGUUACCAAAAAUACUUCCACACAAUACUACAACCCUAUUAGUCCAAGGCAAUAAGAUAUCUACAUUGGACGAUUUGCUUACCAAUCGCUAUUACAUAAAACUUCUGGACAUUCAUUUGGACUACAAUCGGAUUAGUUCAAUAAGCAUAUUAGAAGGAUCACAUUGGUUGUCACAUUGCAGAGUUAUGAGUUUGAAAGGAAACAAUUUGACUAAUGUACCGACUUAUGCAUUAGAUAAUGCGUUCCAGCGAAAUCGUAACAUCGUUCAACUUUAUUUAGGUGCUAAUCCUUGGCGUUGCAAUUGUUUGUUUGCUCCAGCUUUCCAGGACUUUUUAAUUAAAUAUCAAUCACUGAUAAUGGACUUAUCAGAUAUAAAAUGUUCAUACCAGCAAAAUGAUGAAUAUUACUUAACUCCAAUUCACGAUCUUCCCCGGAAUACAUUGUGCAGAAACUCUGCGACGGACAUGGUGAAUUUUUGGGAUAGUUUGAAUGUGCUGUUGGCUAGUUUGAUAAUAGUUAUCAUUUUAAAGUUUAUUUACGAUUAUAUUAUGUAUAAAAAAUAUGGCAGAUUACCUAGGAUUAUAACAUUAUUACCAUAA